UCUCGGGACCGAGCCCGCAGAGGCGCUCGCGGGUGACCGGGAGGCGAUUGGCGUCCUGGCUACACGUCGGCUACGGGCUGGCUGCGCACCCCGGAGAGGUCCCGUCCGCCGGGAAGAAGCGCCGCCGCCGCGCUCUGCCCCCGGAGCUCCCCCGGGUACCCCUGAUUCCCCCGGGGCGGGAGGCCCCGGCGCUCUCGGCCCUCCAGCUGCUCCUCCUCCCCAGCCUGCGCCGUCAGCGCCGGCCGGCACCUCGCCAGGCGUGGCGGGCUGGACCCUCACCCCGCGUAUGGGACCGUAUCCCUUAUCCCCAAUGCUCCUGCGAGAAGAGCCGAGUGGGUACCGUGGUUGGAGCUGUGGAGGCGUGGCAAGUGCUGCCAGAAUACCGGUCACCAAGUUUCCUGUGCGCACGUUGCAAGGACAGUGUGUGAGUCUGGUAUAAUUUGGCCUCCUGAGAUUCUGUCUUAUCAAGAAGGAAGAUAACUAAGAGGACUUCUCUCUUGGGAAGAAAACUAAGAAAAUAGGAAAGCCAGAACUUAUUUUUAUAUGUUUGUCAGCUCACUUAUCAAUAUGGACACUUUUCCCACCAGUUUUCCUCCUGGUGGAGACAGUGGGCUGACAAGUUCUCAGUCUGAGUUCCAAAAAUUGUUACUUGAUGAAAGGUUACGGUGUGAACAUCAUAAAAGUAAUUAUCAGAUUCUGAAAGCUGAACACACAAGGUUGCAAGAUGAGUACAUAAGGUCACAAAACGAACUCAAGCACCUGCUAAAUGAAAAGCAAAUUCACCAGGAAAAAUUUCAGCUGCUGCUUGAAGAGCUAAGAGGGGAAUUAGUAGAGAAAACUAAAGACUUAGAAGAAAUGAAGCUUCAGGUAUUGACUCCACAGAAGUUAGAAUUGUUACGAGCCCAAAUACAACAAGAAUUAGAAACUCCUAUGAGAGAACGUUUUAGGGCUCUCGAUGAAGAAGUUGAAAAGUACAGAGCUGAAUACAAUAAGCUUCGCUAUGAACAUACAUUUCUCAAAUCAGAAUUUGAACACCAGAAAGGAGAAUUUGCACGUACUUUAGAAGAAGAAAAAAUAAAAUAUGAAUCAGAGGUGACAAGACUGGAGAAAGAUAAAGAAGAACUACAUAACCAGCUAUUUAGUGAUGAUCCCUCAAGAGACAACAAACAAGUAGAGAAGAUUGUUCAAGAGAAAGUCCAUUUGUGUCAGAAAUUAGCAGGUUUACAGGCUGAAGUCGCAGAAUUAAGGGCUGAAAAAGAGAAUUCUGGUGCUCAGGUUGAGAAUGUCCAAAGGAUUCAGGUGCGGCAGUUGGCUGAGAUGCAGGCUACAGUCAGAUCCCUGGAGGCUGAAAAACAGUCAGCUAAACUACAGGCUGAAUGCUUGGAAAAGGAGCUACAAUCAAGCAAUGAACAAAAUAAUAAUUUAAUCAGUAAAUUGCAUAAAGCUGAACGGGAAAUAAAUACGUUGAGCAGUGAAGUGAAAGAACUUAAACAUUCAAACAAACUAGAAAUAACAGACAUCAAACUGGAGGCAGCAAGAGCUAAAAGUGAGCUAGAAAGAGAAAGGAAUAAGAUUCAAAGUGAACUGGAUGGAUUACAGUCAGACAAUGAAAUUCUCAAAUCAUCUGUUGAACACCACAAAGCGCUCCUAGUAGAAAAGGAUCGUGAAUUAAUACGUAAAGUACAAGCUGCCAAGGAAGAAGGUUAUCAAAAACUUGUAGUAUUACAAGAUGAAAAGCUAGAACUUGAGAACAGAUUAGCAGAUUUAGAGAAAAUGAAAGUGGAACGUGAUGUCUGGAGGCAAUCUGAAAAGGAUCAGUGUGAAGAGAAGUUGCGGGCUUCACAGAUGGCAGAAGAGUCGGCCAGAAGGGAACUUCAGAGUAUUAGGUUAUAUUUGCAUAUAUAUAUUUUAACUUUUUCAUUUUGAAAUAAUUUUAGAGCUAACAAAACAUUAUCUUUAGAUAGUAAGGAACAAAUCAGUGGUUUGCAGAUCCAAGUGACCUCACUUGCACAGUCAGAGAAUGAUUUGUUGAAUUCAAACCAAAUACUGAAGGAAAUGGUGGAGAGGUUAAAACAAGAAUGCCGCAAUUUAAGAAGCCAAGCUGAGAAAGUGCAACUAGAAAUUGAAAAGACAUUGGAAGAGAAACAAGUACAGUGGUUGGAAGAAAAGCAUAAGCUUCAUGAACGUAUGACUGACAGAGAAGAAAAAUAUAAUCAAGCUAAAGAGAAACUGCAGCGAGCUGCAAUUGCUCAAAAAAAGAGAAAAUCUCUUCAUGAAAACAAAUUGAAGAGACUGCAGGAGAAAGUAGAAGUCUUGGAGGCAAAGAGAGAAGAACUGGAAACAGAAAAUCAGGUGUUACAUAGACAAAAUGUUCCAUUUGAUGAAUAUACAAGGCUUCAAAAAAGACUAAGGGACAUACAGAGAAGACAUAAUGAAUUUCGAAGUUUAAUUUUGGUUCCUAAUAUACCUCCAACAGCAUCUGUCAAUCCUGUUAGCUUUCAGUCAUCAGCCAUGAUUCCAGGCAUGGAACUAUCCUUUCCUCCUCAUAUGCAGGAGGAACAGCAUCAAAGGGAACUCUCUCUACUUCGCAAAAGACUAGAAGAACUAGAAACAACACAGAGAAAACAACUCGAGGAACUUGGAUCUCCUGGGGAGUGAUGUUCUUGGAGAAAAGACAGAUCGCAAUGGGUGAAAUCAGUGACUCCCUAAAGCUUGAAGUUUUAAAGUAUGUGGCAUUUAGAUACCUUAUGACUGUUUGCCAAAACACUCAAUGUGCCUCAAGAAAAGGUACCAACUAUGUGCUGUAAUUGCAUCAGCGUCCAAAUUUUAGAAUUAUACUAAUGACAAGUGAAGCAUUACCACAGCUUAAGGAGUUUAGAGUAUUUGAUGACCCUUUGAGAAUGUAAAAGUAAAGAAGUAAAAGGUACUAAUUAGGGAAAUCAAUGUUUUAAAUUAUUUUAUAAAUUUGUUGAAUUUUUUUGGCAUUUGCCUGAAAUACUCCCAUGUUAAAUUCCCUCUUCUGAGAUGCUUGGCAGUAACAGGGUCAAUAAACAUGUUCUGGUUUACUGUAUACAGGAGUUACAAACCUCUUGUUCUUGAUAAAAGGUAACAAUCUAAAAAGUCAACAAAAAAGUAAAACAGAUGUCUAAGUAUAUAUUCAUUAUAAAAAUGCUACCUUUUCUAAAAGCUGUAUACAUGUAACUUGUUAAAUAGUUUAAUAAAUAUUUUUCUAUCUCUAUCAUCUUUUGAUUUAUUU